CGCAGCUCUGAGCCGGAGUGGGCGUGGCCUGCGUGUCAGGGGGCGUGGUUUAGGGGGCGUGGUUUGCGCGGGGGGCGUGGCCAGAGCAGCAAUGGCGGCGCUGAAGGUUCUGGUCGGGGUGAAGCGGGUCAUCGACUUCGCGGUCAAGGUGCGCGUGGCGCCGGGCGGGUUGGCGGUGCAGAGCCAGGGGGUGAAGCACGCGCUCAACCCGUUCUGCGAGAUCGCGCUGGAGGAGGCCGUGAGGCUGCGGGAGCGCGGGGCGGCCGCCCACGUCCUGGCCGUCAGCGUGGGCACCAGCGUCUGCCAGGAGACCCUGCGGGCGGCGCUGGCGCUCGGGGCCGACCGGGCGGUGCUGGUGCAGCUGCAGGAGGGGGAGGGGCCGCCGGGGCCCCGCGAGGUGGCGGCCGCGCUGGGGGGGGUGGUGGCCAGAGAGAAGCCCCAGCUGGUCAUCCUGGGCAAGCAGGCCAUCGAUGACGAUUGUAACCAGACGGGGCAGCUCCUCGCCGCCAUGUUGGACUGGCCGCAGGCCACGUUUGCGUCGCGCGUGGAGCUCGAACCCGGGGCCGUGCGGGUGCAGCGGGAGGUGGACGGGGGGCUGGAGACGCUGCGCCUGCGCCUCCCGGCGCUAAUUACCGCCGACCUGCGGCUUAACGAGCCGCGCUACGCCACGCUGCCCAACAUCAUGAAAGCCAAGAAGAAGCCCCUGGAGGUUGUGGAGUGGGCGGGGCUGGGGCUGCCCCCGCCCCUCCCCCGCCUGCGGGUGCUGGCGCUGGAGGAGCCGCCGGCGCGCGGGGGAGGGGAGCGCGUGGAUGACGUCACCGCCCUGGUGGACAAACUGCGGCAGUGCGGCCGCAUCUGAACGGGGGACCCAGGCGUCCGGGGAGGGGACCCAGGAGUUCGGGGGACCCAGGAGUGCCCCAGGAAGCCAGAAAUCGCAUGGAGGAUUCGAGUUAUUGCAAGGGACCCAGGCGUCCGGGAGUCACGUGACCCACUCCCGGACGCCUGGGUCCCCUCCCGGAU